AUGAACAUUGAAGCAGACAGUCUCAGUAGAAAUCCAGUCCUGGAAAAUAAUGAUGAUGAUGAAGAGAUUUUAAAAAUUGUUAAUCUCAUAACACUAGACGAUAUAAAAGCAGAUCAGCACAAAAAUGAGAAAAUCUGGAAAAUAAAAAAUAAGUUAAUUGAAAGAAAUGGGAUACUAUACAAAAAGAAUCGAAACAAGGUUAAAAUUAUACUAUCUGAAGAAGCUAGUGUCAAGCUAAUAAAAGAAGUACAUACUGAAUGGUGCCAUUUAGGGAUAAAUCAAAUGAUAAAUAAAAUUAGUCCUUAUUAUACAGCAAAAGGUCUAACAAGAAACAUAAAAAAAAUAUGCAAGGAUUGUGAAACUUGUAUUAAAAAUAAAUCUAGAAGCCAAAAUAAAAUUGGUUUACUUUCACAUCUGGGACCAGCAUCAAAACCAUUCCAGAUCAUGUCCAUUGAUACAAUUGGUGGCUUUGGAGGACAAAGAUCGACAAAGAAAUAA